CAAGCACACAUUCAUUUACUAUGGCCUCUUUUUCCAGAGGACUUCGCUCUAGCGCAACAAGAAAUAACUUCUCAUGUUCACGUUGCUCCCAAUUCUCCACCACAUCCACAGCGCAAUCAGGUCACAGUCGCUGGUCCAAAAUCAAACAUGACAAAGGUGUCGUAGACCAUAGAAGAAGCAAAGCCAACCAAUUGCUCUCAGAUGAAAUAGCCUUUGCUUCGAGAAGUAAGAAAACCAACUUCCUGUUACUGGGCAGAUAACUAACAAGUAUAUAGUGGGCGGACCUGAUCCAAACCAGAAUUACAAACUCGCGACCGCUUUGGUCAACGCCAAAAAAGGUACAUAAUGGGGUACCACGUCCCAUCGACGACGAAGAAAUAUAACACGGGCUCACAAAUGCUAGGCGGAUAUCCAAAAGCAAAUAUAGAGGCAGCAAUAGCACGGGGACAAGGCAAAUCAGCGACUGGAGCGAUUCUCGAGUACAUCACACUAGAAGCUAUCGUGCCACCUCAGAUAGCCAUGAUCAUCGAAGCCGAAACCGAUAGAGCGAAGCGCACAUUGGAAGACCUACGGUACUAUGUCAAGAAGGCGGGCGGAGCUGCUACACCUACGACGUAUUUGUUCCAGAAGAAAGGACGGGUAUCAUUCGAGGCGCAUGAAUCGCUAGGUGUGGAUGAAGUACUAGAUGAGGCGAUCGAGGCUGGCGCUGAGGAUGUAGAGACCGAUGAAGAUGGGGGUAUAGUACUUUGGACGGAGCCAAAUAAAACAACUUCUGCGGCGCAAUCUUUGGAGAAGAGCUUGGGAUUAAAGGCGGAAAGUUCACAGAUCCUCUGGGACCCAAAUGAGGAUACCAAAGUGCCAUUAGAUGCAGAAUCCACGAAGCCAUUCCUGGAUUUCGUCAAUCUCAUGAGGGAACAGCAAUGUGUCCAGGCAGUGUAUGCGAAUGUUGCGCAAGGAAGUUUGACUGAUGAAGAAUGGGAGGAUGUACAAAGCAAAUUAGACUCAUAAAGAAACAUAGAAUGUACAACAAAUGUAAAAGAUGUAUUUGUACAAUAUAGCGGGGACUCUGUCAGUUCUCCGUCAAAACGAAUCAUGAUGUUAGUCGUAGAGCUUUUGCUUGCAGUCAGUCGUUCAAUGUCGAAUAUUUGCCCUAAUCCUCAACGCCUUUAAUGCAUAUUUAAACGCCUUUUUCCCGGUCCUCGAUGUUCCAAGCCAAUACCACCAUCGUUGAAUCUCCCGCGCCAGUGCUCAGCGUGCCUAUUCGAUAUCGCCAUCAUAGAUCUCCCACAGCGGCUCCCAAUGUACUAUACCCAGUCGAGAAACCCAUCAUACAUAUCCCUCCCAAUUCGCAAUAUCCCACCAACAUCUCCC